AUGGUGCAUAGCGGCCACCUGCUGCUGCUGCCAUUGGUUCUCUUUUUUCUACUUCCUGUAAUCAAGGCACACCCUUCCAACAGUGACGACCACUCAGAUGCAGUGGCUUUGGCCAGCAUUUCGUUGGAGGACAGCGACGACGACGACGACGACAACGAAGAAGAGUCGUCAUCGGAGGAAAAGAAAGACGGCGAUGAAGUGACACAGGGCAACCUAAACGCGCUGCAAAUACCAUCGGCUCCUCGCUGGUCGUCUCCGGACAAGCCGCUGCACUCCGUUCCCGUCGGCAGCACCAUCAAGUUUCGUUGCCGGGUAAUGGGAAGCCCCGCCCCUACGCUGGAAUGGUACAAGAAUGGGAUUGAUAUCAAGCUACAGAACAGACUCGGUGGCUUCAAGAAAGGAGAAGCCGCUCUUACCUUGCGGGACGCGGUGCCUGCCGACUCCGGGAACUACUCUUGCGUAGCGCAAAAUGCGCACGGACGCAUCGAGCGCCACUUCAAGUUGGACGUUGUUGAGCGUUCUUCUCACAGGCCCAUCCUCCAGGCCGGCCUUCCGGCCAAUCAAACGGCGAUGGCGGGCGGCGACGUGCGCUUCUCCUGCCAUGUGGACAGCGACCUGACCCCUUACGUGGAGUGGAUCAAAGUGGAUGAGGGUGGCCUUCUCGAACGACACGACGGGCGCCCGGCCGGCCUCGUCGUCAAGGUGGCCGGCGUCAACUCCACCAAAGAAGAUCUGGAACUCCUCACUUUGAGCAACGUCAGCGCGGCCGACGUGGGCGAGUACGCCUGCGUCGCCAGCAACCACAAUGGCGUUUCGUACCAGUCGGCCUGGCUCACCGUGCUGGAGGAUGUCCUCCCCCGCUUUUAUGUCUUGUCGCCAGGCCCGCCCCCUGAGCUUCAGCUUCCUCCGAGCUACGGGCAGAUCUUCUUCUACUCCGUGGGCUUCUUCGUGGCCGUCACCCUGACCUUCACCGCCAUCAUCUGUAAACUGUGCGCCGGUGCCAGGCCCGGGAAGUCCAGCGCCCCCGGGAACCAGCUGGCUGUCCACAAGCUCGCCAAGAGCGUCGCGCUGAAGAGACAGGUGUCUCUGGGGUCUUCCUUGUCCCGCCGUUCCGAGAAGUCCCGGGCAUGUCCACCUACUCCCACCAGCGGGACGCCGCUCAUGGCCGCCACGUCCCCCGAAUACCAGCUGCCGUACGACCCUCAGUGGGAACUUCCUCGUGAGAGGCUAACGCUGGGCAAACCGCUGGGCGAGGGGUGCUUCGGGCAGGUGGCCUUAGCGGAGGCGACGGGGUUGGACCAAGAGCAUCCGUCGCGCGUCACCAAGGUGGCGGUCAAGAUGCUGAAAGCGGACGCCGGUGAAAAGGACCUGAUGGACCUCAUCUCAGAGAUGGAGAUGAUGAAGAUGAUCGGUCGGCACAAGAACAUCAUCAACCUGAUCGGCGCCUGCACGCUGGAUGGGCCACUUUACGUGGUGGUGGAGUACGCCGCCCGAGGGAACUUACGGGAGCACCUCCGUGCGUGCCGGCCUUCUGACGAGUACUGGCGCCGCUCGGCUGAGGCACCGCCCGCCGGCGUGGAUAUCCUAGAGCUGGUGUCGGCGGCGUACCAGGUGGGCCGAGGAAUGGCCUACCUGGCGUCGAAGAAGUGCAUCCACAGAGAUUUGGCGGCCCGGAAUGUUCUGGUCACACAAGAGCUGGUCAUGAAGAUAGCGGACUUUGGCCUGGCCAGAGAUGUGCACCGGGUGGACUACUACAAGAAGACCACGAAUGGUCCUCUGCCGGUCAAGUGGAUGGCACCCGAAGCUUUGUUCGACCGCAUCUACACGCACCAAAGUGACGUGUGGUCUUUCGGCAUCCUGCUGUGGGAAAUCUUCACAUUGGGAGCGUCACCGUACCCCGGAGUCCCUGUGGAGGAUCUCUUCAAACUUCUCAAAGAAGGCCACCGCAUGGACAAACCUUUCGCCUGCACACAAGAGCUCUACGAGAUGAUGCAAGACUGCUGGCACGCCGUCCCUUCUCGCCGGCCCACCUUCCCGACGCUUGUCCGGCGUUUGGACUUGAUGCUAGCCGCGCUAGCCCAGCAGGACUAUCUGGAGCUCGUCCAGAACGUCUCAUCCUGCCCCUUGACCGCGUAG